UUCGCACCAACGACCCAAGAUUCCAUUUCCGGUCGUUUCGUUCUCCAACUUCCAAUCCAAAUUUCUGUUAUCUCUCUCUCUCUCUCUCUCUCUCUCUCUCUCUCUCACGUCCGACUGAUCCGACUCGACUCGACUCACCGAUCCCACUCGUUCAUCCAUCCAAUGGAGAAUCUGAUAUCGCUGGUGAAUAAAAUACAGAGGGCGUGCACAGCUCUUGGUGACCAUGGCGACGAGAGCGCCAUGCCCACUCUCUGGGACUCCUUGCCCUCCAUCGCCGUCGUCGGAGGCCAGAGCUCCGGCAAGUCGUCGGUGUUGGAGAGCAUUGUUGGCAAGGACUUUCUUCCUCGUGGUUCAGGGAUUGUUACGCGUCGUCCUCUGGUUUUGCAGCUGCAUAAGAUCGAUGAAGGAAGAGAAUACGCAGAGUUUAUGCAUCUCCCAAGGAAGAGGUUCACUGAUUUUGCUGCUGUGAGGAAGGAGAUAUCUGAUGAGACUGACAGAGAGACCGGCCGCUCGAAGGCUAUUUCAAGCGUCCCAAUCCAUCUUAGUAUCUUCUCCCCCAAUGUUGUGAACUUGACACUGGUUGAUCUUCCUGGACUCACAAAAGUAGCUGUUGAUGGUCAACCGGAGGGCACAGUGCAGGACAUCGAGGAUAUGGUUCGGGCCUUCAUUGAGAAGCCCAACUGUAUUAUUCUGGCAAUUUCCCCUGCUAACCAAGAUCUUGCUACGUCUGAUGCAAUUAAGAUCUCUCGUGAAGUAGACCCUAAAGGGGAGAGGACGUUUGGAGUUCUGACAAAGAUUGAUCUUAUGGACCAGGGUACAAAUGCAGUUGAUAUUUUGGAAGGACGAUCAUAUAAGCUACAGUUCCCUUGGAUUGGUGUUGUCAAUCGCUCCCAAGCGGACAUAAACAAGAGCAUUGAUAUGAUUGCUGCUAGGCGUAGAGAGCGUGAAUAUUUUGCAAGUAGCACAGAGUACAGGCAUCUUGCAAACAGGAUGGGUUCUGAGCAUUUAGGAAGGGUGCUUUCUAAGCAUUUGGAAGUUGUCAUCAAGUCACGAAUUCCAGGCCUUCAAUCUCUCAUCAGCAAAACUAUUGGUGAACUAGAAUCAGAACUAAGCCGACUUGGGAAGCCCAUUGCUGCUGAUGCUGGAGGAAAAUUAUAUGUGAUCAUGGAAAUAUCUCGUACUUUUGAUCAGAUAUUUAAAGAACAUCUCGAUGGCGUGCGCUCUGGUGGUGAGAAAAUUUAUGGUGUGUUUGAUAAUCAAUUUCCAGCUGCUUUGAAGCGGUUGCAAUUUGACAAGCAACUUUCAAUGGAUAACAUCCGAAAGCUAAUUACUGAAGCAGAUGGAUAUCAGCCUCAUCUAAUUGCUCCUGAACAAGGAUACCGUCGCCUUAUUGAAUCUUCACUGAUAUGCAUCAGAGGUCCUGCAGAGGCGGCUGUUGAUGCGGUUCAUGGCAUAUUGAAGGAUUUGGCUCAGAAGUCUAUAAGUGAGACAACGGAACUAAAGCAGUAUCCCCCUUUAAGAGUGGAAGUUGCAAAUGCAGCUUUUGAGUCGCUGGAAAGGAUGAAAGAAGAAAGCAAGAGAGCCACUCUGCAGCUGGUUGAUAUGGAGUGUGGUUACUUGACCGUUGACUUCUUCCGCAAGCUUCCUCAAGAUAUUGAGAAGGGUGGAAAUCCCACAGUCUCACUUUUCGAUCGAUACAAUGAUUCAUACCUCCGCCGGGUUGGACACAAUGUCUUGAACUAUGUCAACAUGGUUUGCUCGAGUUUAAGGAUUGCUAUUCCAAAGUCCAUUGUCUACUGCCAAGUACGAGAGGCCAAACGCUGCUUGCUCGAUCAUUUCUUCGCAGAGUUGGGUGCAAAGGAGGCAAGGCAGUUGGCUAAGUUGCUGGAUGAGGACCCAGCAGUGAUGCAGCGGCGGACGUCCCUUGCAAAGAGGCUAGAGCUGUACAGAAGUGCUCAGUCUGAGAUUGAAGCAGUUGCUUGGUCCAAGUAGGGAAGGGAAGUCUGGUUGGUUAAUUUUCCUUGCUAGGAGGAGUUAGAAUUUGGUCAGUAAAUAGGAUGGCAGCAGUAAUUCUUUUGAUUCACAUGAUUUACCAUUUCUUUAUUCAUUAAUUACCAUGACGAAAGAAAGAGCGAUUAACUUUAUGGCUUUUUUGCCUUUGGCUUCCUGGCUUAGCCAUGAUCAGCUCUGAUUUGUAUCCACGGUUUGUUUUUUUUUUUUUUUUUUUUUUGCACAUUCUUUCUAUUGGCUUAAUUUUCUUAUUAACAAAGAGCUGUUUAAACUUUAAACUUUU